GUGAGAAAUACAUAAGUCCUCUCUUUUUUUACGUUCCUUUUCUCUUUAUCUCUUUUCUUUAUACUUUUUUUUUUAAUAUGGUUUUGCAAACAAGACUCACAAAGUUGCUUGGCAUCAAGCAUCCCAUUGUCCAAGGUGGUAUGCAAUACGUUGGUAUCAGUGCUCUUGCCUCUGCUGUCUCUAACGCUGGUGGUCUUGGUUUGCUCACUGCAUUGACUCAACCUACACCUGAAGCACUUCGUAACGAAAUCAGACUCUGUCGUAGCAUGACAGAUAAGCCUUUUGGUGUCAACUUGACCUUUUUACCUGCUAUUGUUCCUCCUCCUUAUGAGGAAUAUGUCAAGGUCAUUAUUGAAGAAGGUAUCAAGGUAGUUGAGACUGCUGGUAACAACCCUGGUAAAUACAUCAAGAUGUUCAAGGAAGCCAAUAUUGUUGUUCUCCACAAAUGUACUGCCAUUCGUCACGCUUUAUCUGCUCAACGUUUGGGUGUUGAUAUUAUCUCUAUUGAUGGUUACGAAUGUGCUGGUCAUCCAGGUGAAGAUGAUGUAACUGGUUUAAUCUUGUUGGCCAAGUCCUCUAAAUUAUUGAAGAUUCCUUACAUUGCCAGUGGUGGAUUUGGUGAUGGAUCUGGUUUAGCUGCUGCUUUAGCUUUGGGAGCAGAAGGUGUGAAUAUGGGUACUCGAUUCAUGUGUACGGUUGAAUCACCUAUUCAUCAAAAUAUCAAGGAAGCCAUUGUCAAGGCAGAUGAACGAUCCACAACAUUGGUAUUCCGUCCUUUCCGUAACACAUCGCGUAUCUUUAAGAACUCCGUGGCUGUUGAAGUAAACAAGCGUGAAAAGAACUUGGAUGUUCAAUUUGAGGAUGUACGUGAAUUGGUGUCUGGUGCGCGUGGUAAACAAGUCUAUACCACGGGUGAUCCUGAAUUCGGUGUCUGGACUGCAGGUCAAGUGGUUGGCUUGAUUGAUGAUAUUCCUACCUGUGAAGAACUUGUCUCUCGUAUGGUACGUGAUGCAGAGAAUAUCAUUACCGAACGUUUGAACAAGAUUUACGUCCCCAAUAGUAAAUUGUAAAUAAAAAAUAAAAAUAAUUAUAUAUUGUCC